AUGGCGGAAGAUUCAACAACGGAAAUCAACGAUGAACCAGCAACACCUGCAGAUGAUUCUGAUGAGAAUUUCUACGAAAUUGAUGAACACACGACCGACACGAACAUUCAAGCAUAUAUCGAUGAACCAAUUACUCCAACAGACGAAACCAAUCCCAAUUUUCAUUAUACAGUUAUGACUACUGACGAAUAUGUUCAACUGACGAUGAGAUAUGUCGAUGAAGUAAAAGAUGUUCUUCAAUUAUCAUCAUCAACAGUUAAACUGUUAUUGCAUCAUUUUAAAUGGAAUAAACAACGACUAUUGGAAGACUUUUACGAGAAAGAUCCAAAUGAAUUCUUUCAGCAGGCUAAAGUCAUCAAUCCAUUUUCCCAAAUGAACACGACAACAGAGCCAAUGAUGACUAUGUGUUUGAUUUGUUGUUCAGAUGAAGAAAAGCAAAUGUUUAGUUUAAAAUGUAGACAUACGUUUUGUACUGACUGUUGGAAAACUUAUCUAAUUAAUCAAAUUGUAAAUGAAGGUCUCGCCCAAACUAUCGUAUGUCCAGAUUCUCAAUGUGAAAUUCUAGUCGAUGAGGAUACCGUUAGGAAAUUCUUACAUGAUGACGAAUUUGUUCAACAUAUUUAUACGAAAAUUGUAUUGAACUCGUAUAUCGACAACAAUCCCCGCGCUCGUUGGUGUCCCGGGAAGAAUUGUGAGCGAAUUAUCAAUGCUUCUUCACUAACAUCGGCGUACAAUUAUGCACAAUUGAUCACUUGUAAUCAUUGUCAAACAUCAUUUUGUUUUCAAUGUUCACAACCGUGGCACGAUCCGAUCAAAUGUGUGCUGUUAUCACAAUGGAACAAGAAGCUAUUCGACGAUACACAGACGAUUGUCUGGUUGAAAGUCAAUACUAAAAUUUGUCCAAAGUGCCGAGUGAAUAUUGAGAAGAAUGGCGGUUGUAAUCAUAUGACUUGCAGAAAUUGUACUCAUGAAUUUUGUUGGAUAUGCUUCGGUAAAUGGGCAACUCACACAGAAUGUAAUCGCUACGAUGACUCCGCGAAAGUCGAUCCAAUUCAAGCUCAGCAUGCUCUUGCUUUAUCUCGUUAUCUUCACUAUCACGAUCGUUUUCGUGAACACGAACAUUCGUAUAGUUUAGAAGCAAAGUUGUACAGAAAAAUCAAACGAAAAUUAACUCGAAAUGUCGAACAGUUAUCUACAGUUGACAUUCAAAUGAUAAAGAAAGCAUUUGAAAUCUUGUUAGCUUGCCGACGAACAUUAACAUAUACGUAUCCAUUUGCCUAUUAUCUCGUUAAGAACAAUCAGUCAGAUGUUUUCGAACAAAAUCAAGCGGAUUUGGAACGAGCAUGUGAAGAAUUAAGUGAACUACUGGAGAAGAAUCUGUUCGAUGAAACAGUCGUGAACGAUAUUCGACGAAAUCUAUCUCAAAAAUCCAAAUACUGCGAUGCACGAAAAUGUGUUUUAUUGAAACAUGUUAAAGAAGGUUAUACCAAUAAUUAUUGGGAAUAUUUUGAUGAUAUUAAAGCAAACUUGAAGAAGUAA